AAUAUAUGUCAGCCUAUACUCAUGGGUGUAUCGGCGAUCGGAGGCUGCGUCGUCUGCGUCUGUCUGUCCUCCUUCCCUCCGUGUCUCACAUCCGCCCGUCCCUCCCGGCCCAUGAAACUUCCAGCCCUCCCGGCCCGUUCCACAUGAAACUUCCGCUCGCCUCCGCCAGCCGCUGCGCAAGUUUGGUCCUUCCAUGGAUACGUGAAAGAAGAGAUUCGCCAAACUUUACCCGACCAUGUCCAGGGGGACCAUCAAGAACGAGAGCACAGCGAAGGGAAAUAAAAGUUAAUCUCAGCUGAACACUUUUUAUGAGUUAAAUAUUUCUCUUAAGUGCGUUUUCCAAGCUAAAAAAAAAAAAUCCGCUGCGGCUUGCUGGGAUCGACGCCUUUUCGCAGCUUGUCCACGCCACAAGGUUUGUUUCAUGACAUCCGGAAGGGAGCAACUUUUCAGAAGCACUUUAUAGAAGAUUUUUUUUAUUUAUUUUUUGUUGGGCCGUUGGAAGGAUACGUUUUGGAAACUUCUGUAGAGGAAUGAUGCUGAACUCUGAUCAGACAGAAAUCCCGGCUCAUUCGGAGACUGAGUCUGUGUUCAGCGAUUGCGGAGGUGGACUCAGCGAGGCUGGGGGACUCAGCUUGUGCGGAGAAACCAGGAUUUGCGAGUCCGGCGACUCCGUCAAGAGGGAGCUUCAGCACUUAAGUCGGGAAGAGAGGCGACGUAGGAGGAGGGCAACAGCCAAAUAUCGCACGGCACACGCUACCCGGGAGCGCAUACGGGUGGAAGCAUUCAACUUGGCCUUUGCGGAGUUGAGGAAGCUUCUUCCCACUCUGCCCCCCGACAAGAAACUGUCCAAAAUCGAAAUUCUGCGGCUAGCGAUAUGCUACAUCUCCUAUCUCAACCAUGUUCUAGAUGUUUGAUGGGUUUGAGGUUCCCUGAUUGGGCUACAAUGUGCCCUCUUUAUUGGAUGCUGCUGUAUUCAGCUAUGGACUAAGAUGCUAGGACUGAGAAGAUUUGUGGGACCAAAUGUUUCCCUCAUUUGUGGAUUUUUGUAGAUUCCCCAAUCUAGAAUGUAAAGAUCCUGCCUUUCAGAGACCACCUACCCGUGGCCUCUUCCAUGCCUCCUCCAACCUUCACAAUACAUACCCACAGGCAUGACUCUGAAAGACCCACCUAAAUCCUUACCAUGGUUCUCAAAGACCAACCAUUUGGGUGAAAGCCUUGAAAUGCCAGAGUCCUUCAAAAUACAAAAGUCAAGUCAAGUCUUUUUCAUGCCUCCUCCAACCAUCACCAUACAUACCAACAGACAAGGCUCUGAAAGAUCCAUCUAAAUCUCUACCAUGGUUCUCAUUGACAUAGACUAACCAUUUGGGUGGAAGCCUUCAAAUGCCAGAGUCCUUAAAAACAAAAGUCAAGUCAAGUAUUUUUUUAAUGCCUCCUCUAAUCAUCACCAUACAUACCAACAGGCAAGGCUCUCAAAGAUCCAUCUAAAUCACUACCAUGGUUCUCAUAGACCAACCAUUUGGGUGGAAGCCUUCAAAUGCCAGAGUGCUUAAAUACAAAAGUCAAGUAAAGCCUUUUCCACGCCUCCUCCAACCAUUACCAUACAUACCAACAGGCAAGGCUAUGAAAGAUCCAUUGAAAUCUCUACCAUGGUUCUCAUUGACAUAGACCAACCAUUUGGGUGGAAGCCUUCAAAUGCCGGAGUCCUUAAAUACAAAAGUCAAGUCAAGUCUUUUCCAUGCCUCCUACAACCAUCACCAUACAUACCCACAGGCAAGGCUCCCAAAGAUCCAUCUAAAUCACUACCAUGGUUCUCAUAGACCAACCAUUUGGGUUGAAGCUUUCAAAUGCCGGAGUCCUUGAAUGCAAAAGCCAAGUCAAGUCUUUUCCAUUCUUUCUCCAACCAUCACCAUACAUACCCACAGGCAUGGUUCUGAAAGACCCACCUAAAUUCCUUUCAUGGUUCUCAUAGACCAGUCAUUUGGGAGAAAGCCUUCAAAUGCCGGAGUCCUUAAAUACAAAAGUUUUAGCUGUCAAUUGUCGCCUCAUUUUGUGACCAACCCAAAUGUCCCCCCCUUAAAGAUUUCUCUCACCCUUUCUAGGAUCAGGCAAAGAAAAUAUAAAUUGUCAUUGAAUACAUUUUGGUUACGUUGCACUUUUACACCAAAAACUAUGCCCACCAACACUCUCAUACACACGGUUGAGAAGUUUAUGAAUUUGAUAUAACAUUUAGAGAAACUAGAGUCUUCUUAAGUCAUGUCUACAUAGCUACUUCCAGCCUUUCAGCCUAAGCAUUGGAUGAACAGAUCUUUAGGAAAUUUGGCCACACAUCUACAGUGAACCACAAAGGAAUUCAGCAACCUUCUUUGUCGAACAAGCAACAGAAGUGGUCAAUAUUCUUAUCACUGGCCUGAUUUCAAGAUUAUUAUUGUCAUAUUAAACCUGAAAUUGUCCAAGUUUCUCAUUAAUCUCAUAAAUUUCGUUCCAUAUCUUCUCCAGUUUUACUAGCUGUCCAUAUGGUCCUAUGUACACCAUAUGGCACUCAUGUAUAAAACAUACAAUACGUCCUAGAUAGAAAGACCCUUGACCCUCUUUGCCGACGAAGAAGGAAAAACCAAUCCAAAUGUACAGUACAUUGGUGUCUCUGAAGUAAUACCCUGUUCCUUAAGCAGGAGGUCCUAAUUUAUUGAUGAAUAGUUUCAAAUGUGCACUUUUUCAUAGGAAAAUCAAUAUAUAGAUUAUUAUUAUUAGGAAAAUUUGGGUCUACGUUUACGAGUAUGUAUGUAGUUGGUCGUAGCUCUCUGUAGACCGGUUAGCUCUUUGUUGGUGGAUCAACGAGACCAAUGGAUGAUCCUUUAAGAAAGUUUAGCUUUUACUUCCAAGGUGACGAUGUCCAAUAAGCUCCACCAUGGCCAAAUAUCUAUUCAACAAACUCGCUACAACAACUAAUACUACCUACUCUCUAGUUAGUCAAUGAAGUGGAAAAAUAGUAGUCUCUUAAAUGUCCAUCAACCACAUGGCCAAAGUUAAUAACAUCUUGUCAUUUGUGUAGAAAAAAAAUAAAGUUUUAGGUGUAAAUGACAAAAUUUAAGCAGAUAAUUUUACCAAAUUAGGUUUAUAUUUCUAAAAAUUGGGCUGUUUGUGUCUCGAAAAAUUGAUCCCUUUCCAAUGCGAAAGUGAGAAAGUUUUCACUCUCUGGAAAAGAAUGGCCUUUUAUCAAAAUUUGUCAAAAUGUUUCAACUUUUCAUAUUGAGUUUUGCCACACCACCAUUUGUAACUAACUUGAGACUCAAAAGGUUGAAAAGUUAAUUAUAAUAAAAUAAGAGUAAUCAGAAAAUAAUUUAGAUGAAAAGGUUUAUUAUUAUUUUUUAUACCAGUUUUACUUAGUCUCUUCAACUUUCGCUACUACUGUUGCAUUUCAUGUUUACCCUCUUUGACGAGGUUAAUGUGCCAGGAAAUAAUUUAUUUAUUUUAUUAAUUUAUUUAUAUGUCAUUAUUUAUUUACUGUGUUGUGCACUUUUAUGAGAAAAAUAAAAAACAAAUAAUUUUUGACAAUAAAGUACACAUGGACUUGUGCGAUGGCCCCAGAGCAAAGGAGACUGACAGGCGGCCCGCGUACAUGUCCAACCUC